GUACUAUUCGAUUUUUGUAUGCUAGUUGGUGGGGUUUUUGGUGAUGAGCAACCAAUCGCACAUAAGUUUGUACUUGGAGCGCCAGGCUAUAUUGAUCCGAUGAUUAUAAAUUUCGGUAAAUGGUGGAAGGUACACGACAUCUUCUCGUUUGGCACUGUGCUUUUGGAGCUCAUAUCCAAAAGACCCUCUGAGAUCAAGAAACCUGUACACUGUUGGGCUGAAGCCCAAUACAAUUUGAACAAGCAGAAGAAAUCAUUAUUUGGCUGCUUUGCCCUCUCAAAGAAGUUCUCUCUCGUGCACAAAAGCUUUGAAGAAGAUUUGGGGUUUAGUCAACACGAUGGAUAUAAAAUUACUGAUCUGGCAAUGCGCAGUGUGGAAGGCAAUGGCGUACGUCCAUCAAUGAAGGAAGUUGUUCAAACCUUGGCGAGGUUACAUGCUGUUUGUCGUCACGGUCACCGGGUUUAUUAAUAUGAUGCUCUGUAGGUGAAUAAUGAAGGUGUUCUCUAUUGCUAGAAAAUUCAGUUACCUUGUUACAGUAAUAUACUGUUCUCCAAGCUCUAAUGUCUUGAUACUGGAAAACUCUUUUCAUUUCAACAAGCUUUAUGUUAUAUUUACCUACUUGAAUCUAAUUUUUCUUUCCCUA